CUCAUCACCAUUGUGACUGUAACAAAGAAAAGCCUAAAGGGUUUCGUUCGCUGCGCUGUUGUUGCGAAGAAGAAGAAGAUGCCGGGUCCCGUUGUGGAGGAAGAGAUUACGCAAGAACUGCUAAACGAAUCCAUCAAGGAGCAGCAGAAGUUCCAGAAGGAAGACGAUGUGGUUGUGGAGGAAGUGAAGGAAGGAGAGGACGACGACGACGACGACGAUGACGAUGAGGAGGACGACGGUGAACAUGAUGGAGCUGGUGGGAACGAGAGUUCCAGGCAGAGUAGAAGUGAGAAGAAAAGCCGCAAGGCUGUGCUGAAGCUUGGGAUGAAACCCGUCACAGAUGUUAGCCGGGUGACAAUCAAGAGAUCGAAGAAUGUGUUAUUUGUCAUAUCGAAGCCGGAUGUGUUCAAGAGCCCGAACUCUGAGACUUAUGUCAUAUUUGGAGAGGCCAAGAUCGAUGACCUGAGCUCACAGCUGCAAGCUCAGGCCGCUCAGAAGUUCAAGAUGCCCGACAUUUCAUCCAUGGUUCCUAACUCGAAUGCCUCCGAAGCCACAGCGGCCCCACAAGCCGAGGAAGAAGAGGAAGAAGAUGUCGACGAGACGGGCGUCGAGGCAAGAGACAUCGAUCUGGUGAUGACCCAAGCAGGUGUUUCCAGGGCCAAAGCCGUUAAGGCUCUGAAGGCAAGUGAUGGAGACAUCGUUAGUGCCAUUAUGGAACUCACUACUUAAAAGUGAGUUCCAUUUGCUUCUGAUUCAUGGUUUGGUUUAGUCCCAGAACUUGUUUCCUAGCAUUUUUCCCGAGUGUUAUCCACUCUUGUUUCGCUACUAUUUAAGGUUAAAGACCAAUUUUUGCCA